CCGAAAAGGGAAACAAACAACCCCUAAUAACAACCCAACAAUUGCCUAACGGUGCUCGUGUGUGCGAGCGUUCCCAUAUGCGUCUGUGUGUGUGUUUGUUUGAAUGGCGAGUGUAGAAAAAGGAAUACACAUUUUCCUCUAGCCCGGUGUGCCUUUCCACACUUUUUGUUUGGUUAGGGAAAACUAAGCUAACAAACAGUACCAACAGCUUACCGGGCUAGUGCUUUUGAUGGAAAUGUUAAUGAAUUUUCCACCUUUUCCCGUUGCGGUUCUGCUGCUGUAAAUGCCGCAUUUUCCUGGAUGCACGUAUUAGACCAAAAGCAAAAAUCCAUAACCAAUCAGUGAGUGAGAACAGAAAAGUGCAAAAUAUUUUUGUGCUACAAAAAGUGCUCAAAAACAUCUCCAUAGAGUAAGGGAAAACUAUUGGAAGGAUAAUAAUAAAAAAAAAAACUAUUUCCCAAUAAAUCACCGAAGAAACCGGAAACCGACCCAGCAUUGAAUUGAUCAGCUCCCUCACACGCUUGAUGAGUCGGUUGAAGGCAAGACUUUCAACAGACCACCAUCAUCCAACGAACCAACGCUAGCCGCAAAGCCGUGGAGACCAUUUUUAACGUCCCCAGAACAUACUCCGGGCAAGUGUGAAUCCGGGUGGUUUUCAAGCCCGAACUCUUCUAGCAGUACAAACGACAUAGAAACACGACCAGGUGCUGCUAACGCUUUACACUACCAGCAAACAAAGGAGCGAAACGCCCGGGGUAGACUAAGCGCGCCAAACAAAAUGGGUGAAACCGACGAGAAGGAAACUGUACCGUCCGCGGCAACAACAAACGAUACGCAAAAACCGGAAACACCUCAACCGAACAUGGACGGAGCGGAGGUAGAGCCGAAGGAGACGGAGAAACUGCUCGGCAACACGGGCACCACCGAUGAGGAGGAGCGUCCGGCCGUCCCGACACCAACCACCGACGAUAAGCCACAAACGAAGGUGAGCAGCGAAAAUGUCGCAAACGGGGAGGAAAUCAUCAACAUACCGGAGGAGGCGGUGAACGGGGAGGAGGGCAAGAAGGAUGCGGCCGAGGAACCGGGCAAACCGGACAAACCGAACAAGGUGCAGGCGGAGGAGCGCGAGGUAAAGCCGAAGAAGGUGCCGGCCGGUGCGUUCAAGCUGCCCGGCUUCUUCAACAAGAACAAGGACAAACCGAAGGAAGCGGACGGGGCGGAUAAUGAGCUGCUGGAGAAGAAUGGUGGGGCAGAGAAUGGUGGUGGUGGUGAGGGUAAGGAGGGUACCAAGCCGGAGGAUGGUAAGACGGGUGCGGAGGACAAACCGAAGCGAACGGCGGGCGGGUUCUUUGCCAAUCUGAAGCUAAGGAAUCCGUUCGCCAAGAAGCCGGCGACGGAGGCUGCUGGCGGGGAGGGCGCUGACAAGGGUGCCGAAGAGGAGGAGAAGGAUGAGGUGACGGCCGAGGCCACGGAUAAACCGAGCGUCGGGGAGGAGGCGGGCGUUGACGGUACCGAGGAGAAGAAGCCGGUGGAAGAGGAGCCGGAAGUGCAGGCACCGAGGAAAGGAUUGCUGGAGGCGCUACGUGUUCCGCUGGCUUCCAUUAUCCCGAAACGGUUCAAACCGGUGGCGAGCGGUGAUCCGGACGAUGACAUUGAGCUUGGAAAGACACCGAAAAACAGGGCCGGACUAGCGUCGAUGGAAACGUUGGACGAUUCGCUGAAGGAUGCGGACACGAAGGAUACGGUCGAUAAGCCUGGUGCGAAUGGGACGGAUGGGGAGGCGUUGGUGAAGCCGAACGAUAAGGAGGCAAAGGAUAAGGCGGCCGAAGCGGAAGAGGAUGCCCAGGAGCGUAGUUUGCUGCAGCGGGUGCAAUCCUACCGUUGUUCAGUUGAUGACAUCGCCAUCAUUGCUGGUGUGGUGAUCUUCCUGAUCCUAGUCGCGCUGAUCAUCGCCUUCACGUUCGUGGGCAAAAGCGAACCGAUCACGGCUCCGGUCCGCGAUGGAAAGUACAUCGAGACGGUAACGAACUGUGGACGCGUCGAGGGCAUCCUCGAGGAUGGUUCGUUCGCUUUCCGUGGCAUCCCGUACGCUGUCCCUCCGGUCGGUCCGAAUCGCUGGAAGGCGGCACAACCGAUCGAGAACAUUGAACAUUGCUGGAACGGAACGCUUAAGGCACACAACUCGACGCCCGUCUGCUGGCAGAUCUAUGCCGACGGGAAGGUUGAUGGUGCGGAGGACUGUCUCACGCUGGACGUUAUUACCCCGCACGUACGCUACGACAAUCCUCUGCCCGUGGUUGUCCUCGUCGGUGCCGAAUCCUUCACCGGGGACUCACCCGGCAAGCUGCGUCCCUCUACCCGUUACGCUCGCGCACGUGACGUUAUCUUCGUGCGACCAAACUUCCGGCUGAAUGUGUUCGGUUUCCUCGCACUGGAGCAGCUUACCAAGAGCACUCACCCACCGACCUCCGGCAACUACGGCCUUACCGACCUAAUCGUCGCCCUCAAGUGGAUCCAGCUAAACAUCCCUCACUUCGGCGGUGAUCCAAAGUCAGUGACGCUGUUUGGACACCGGGCCGGCGGUACGAUCGUAACUGCGCUCGCAUCCUCCAACAAGACAACGAAACUGUUCGCCCGCACCUGGAUCUCAUCCAGUGCGUCCAUCUUCCCGGGCAAACCGCUUGCCGAUUCGGAGAAGGAAAACGCACUGUACAUGAGCAAGGUCCGCUGCGAGGACACCAACUGUCUGAUGGAGAAGGAAGACGAAGACAUUCUGGACGCGGUACCGGAUGUGUGGCGCCGUACCUUCCCGGACCUACCGGCAGCGGACGAAAACGCAACCGCACGGCACGAAUGGCUGGUGCUGGACGGUAACAUCAUGCAGCAGCAUCCGGCCGACGUGUGGAGUGCGGACGUCUCCAACAGCGUACGGUACGUGAUCGGGUCGACGACGCACGAAGCGCACAACACCAAGCUUCACCUGAAGUACACCGAUUGGACACCGGAGCUGGUAACGCGUCACGUCAACGAAAGUGUCGUCGGCAAGCUUGGACUUACCGAAGAAGCGCUGCGCCGAUAUAACGCCACCUACCAGGGACUCGUUGCGAUGGUAUCGGACAUUCGUACCAUCUGUCCGCUGUUGACGAUCACGCAGAAACUGCAAAGCUCUCAGUUCUACGUCGUAUCACAAACGGGCGGCGAGCUGGCGAUCGCCGAUGUCGAUUCCGAUGUGCAAGCCAUCCUGGGCCGUUACGAACCGAAAACGCCCGAACAGCGACGGUACGUUUCGGCGAUCCAGCAGCUGUUCUACCAUUACGUGUCGCACGGCGAAAUUAAGCACGAGCUGCGGAAAAAGCUGCUCGACAUUGGGCAGGAUGCGCUGCCGACGUACAACACCGACAACUGCCUGUUCUGGAUCAAGAACGACGUGGUGCCGCGUUACGCACGGUUAGAUUAAGGUGUCCGUGUGUGCCAGAAACGAUGGAGCGACGGGAGCUAACCAAAAACUUUCAACGACAGCCACGUGGACGCGAAAAGUUCCGGAGAUCCUCACCAAUUUUUGGGGGGGGGGGGAAUAGGUUGGGAUUUAGGUGAGAUGAUAUUCGCCGUAGUCCAUCAAGAGGGAACAAGGACGAUACGGACGUUCUUCUUAGCAGCUAAGUGUCAUCUUUACGACCAUGACCAGUUAUAUACACUUAUAUACAGUUAUACACGAUACUCCUCUAAAAUGCAUAAUGGAGCAGCAGCAGCAGCCAGGUACGACACCGUAACUUGCCAAAAUCCCGGAAUCCGAUAGCUCAAACAAAAAACAAAAAAAAAACACGAUCGCGUACGGGAAGUUUUUUUGGAACCAUGUUUUAACUAGCGCUUUUUAGCAGUGACCACAAACGGUAGGGGAUGGUCCACGUUUUUUACUGAGCGCAAGUUUUUGCGAUUAGCCACCGGAGGCGCUGUGUGAGAGUCUUUUGAUAAGAAAAAAAUACACACACACACACACACACACUUUUCCCAUUGGAUAGUGCUGUUGUUCUAGUGGGAUCAUGAUUAGAACAUAAUACUAAUAGCUGCUAGCAGUGUUCAACGUAAGGACAGUACAGUAUUCUAACGGUGGCCCAACCUGCCGUCUUCAGCAUCAUCUUCAUCUCCCUUUCAUGCGCAUCAGAUUUCAACCGAUUCCGUUCCGCUCGAUCUAGGGUUUGACACGCCUGCCACGGGUUCACUCCAGCUCCAGCUUUUUGAAUAUACUAUAAUUUAUUUUGUUCCGCGUAAAAUCGCUAUCGCUUCUGCUAGUUCUAGGAGCUAGAGCUGAAAACCCUUCUUUGCUCGCUUCUAAUCGGCUUUUUGAUAAUAAUUAAACGAACCUUUUACACAGAAACAAAGGCUGUUACUGUACUGCUACCGUAUUUGACAGCGAGGUAACUCUGUCCCCAGAAACCCCAGUAGGCGGGGAUUUUUCAAUUUUUUUAAAGCAUAAAUCAUACAACUGACAUAACUUUGUACACACUUGAAGAGAGAGAGAGAGAGAGAGAAGGGCAUAGUAGCAAAAUGAAUGAAAGUGCAGGAUGGACGAUGAAGGAAAAAAUAAGACCUUAAAACAAAUAUAAAGACGAGAGAGAGAGAGCGAGAGUUAGUGAAGACGCUAGUGAAAGCCUCUAAUCUGAUAUCUAUAUGUAAGCAUAAAGCAAACUGUACACUACCUAAAACAAAGCCGAAAGAGAAGCAUAAGGUGGAAUGAUCGGAGCAGGAUCAGCAUAUGAUAUGAUAGCUCCGGAACCGGAUGUGAUUAGCUGUCUAGGGAAAGGAUAAAAAGAUGCGGAGGAGGAAGCGAAACACAUCCAAACGAUAAUACAUACAUCCUGCAGACGAGAUCCACACAUACAUACACACAUCAUCCUACGUGUAUUUGUUGUAAUUUAUAUUCUAUUUGGUAGUUUUUAAUUACGAUAUAAUGCUAUUUUAUGUCCCAGCCGCAUAAUACAGCGGACCCGCAAGUAUUGUGUAAAACCCACAGUUUCCCCAGUCCCAUAUAUGGCUUGUGCGUGUAUUUUUAUGCCUCCAAACAAACAAACAAAAAUCCUUUUAGCGUUUAGUUUUAUUUUCCCUCUUUUUUUUAUUUUGUUUUCUGUACCAUUUCGUCCAUUCGUCUAUUUACUGAGCGAUAAUUUAAAAGAAAAAGUAAAGAUGUCUGAUCGUGUCUCCCUGCUCGGCGAUCAGAUGUGUCUUGUGUAAGUGUUGCACUAAGAAUCCUAGAAGUAUAACUAUAUUAGCGAGGGCUCUAUAUACACGAGGAAGGAGGGAGAGGGAGAGAGAGAGAGAGUUCACAGCAAAAACACAAUACUCAACCAACAAUCCCCGGCUGCAUUUACUUGAGUGAUCCUCGUACGAUCACUCAAGCUGUGCCGUUCUUCUGCUAUUUUUUUAACCAUCGUACUACAUAAUCUCGCUCUUUCCUUCCUUGUGUGUUCCGUUUUGUGGAAAAUACAAAUACAACCUUUUUUCCGUUCACUUUCCUCCAUACAGUAAAUCCCAUCAGCGCGAUACUAAGUGCGCGGAUAGUAGUACAAGAGCGUACAAGAAAACAAGAGAAGCAAAUGCAGAGCGUGCAGUAGAAUAAUGAAGCAACGUGAAACAGAAGAAAGCUAGCCGAGGGUAGAGGAAAACGAGGCCUGCAAAUGUGUAAAGUCUUAGGGAGCAUGCAAACUAAAGCAAAUGAAAUGAAAGUAAAAAUAUACACCCUUGUUUGGAAA